UAAAAAUGUCAGUUCAAAGAUGUCAAAAUAAUGAUGAAAUUAUUGACCCUUAAGUUUUAAAACUUUAGAAUUAAAUUAUUGAAUAUAAUUUUAAAAUAUAAUGUAUAAUUCUCCAUGAACAGAUAAAUGUGAAAUAAGAAGUAAAACAAAUUGUGUUCUAGUCAGAAAUGUCAUUUUCAGAGACACCAUACAAGUUGGAAUAUGCUUACAAUUUUUACUUAACUUUUGUGGCCGAUAUAUUAAUUUAUGUUAGAAAUUUUAUAUUAUACAUAGGUGUUUGGUUGAUUGGAUAUUUGUGUGUGUGUUGCGUGGUUUACAGACGUUAUGCUAGACGGCUCCCGACAAGAACUCGUGGCGCUCUCGGGGCUAAAAGAGUAUUAUUAGUUAUUGCCCAUCCUGAUGAUGAGUGCAUGUUCUUUGGUCCAACAAUAUUUAGAUUGUGCGAGCAAGGUGCUGAAGUCUAUCUGCUGUGUCUAUCCAAUGGUAAUUAUGAGGGCAAAGGCGGCGAAAGACGCAAGGAGCUGUGGAAUGCCUGCCGUGAGCUCGGUGUACCUGAUAGCAAUAUAUGUCUCAUUAUGGACACAAGAUUGCCGGACAACCCUAAAGCGCAAUGGCCAGUUCCUGUUGUAGCUAGACUCAUACAACACAAGUUAGAGGCUUUGGAUAUAGAUACAUUAGUGACAUUUGAUCGAGGAGGUGUUUCAUCUCACCCAAACCACUCAGCUGCCUUUUAUGCUGUAGCUUAUAUGUUUGUUGAAAAGAAUAUGCCUUCAAAAUGUACUUUUUAUACACUGGAUUCUGUAAAUAUACUGAGAAAGUACUUGGGGUUCCUAGAUCUUCCACUGAGCUUUGUUCUAUCUUCCAAAAGGUACUUCCUUCGCUGGACUGAGAGUCGUCGCGUGACACGAGCGAUGAAGCUUCACAAGAGCCAGAUGGUGUGGUUCAGAUAUCUGUAUGUGAUGUUUUCUAGGUACAUGGUCAUCAAUACACUUAGGAAGAUUAAUCUCGCCGACAUAGAGCUUGAACUAGAAGUAGAUGACUAGCAGUUGAUGGCGGCAUUACACUUAACGGGAAUUUCACCAGUUCCUAUGACGUCCGGGAUAAUAAUGUUUUAAAUUUAUAUAAAAUAAGAAAUAUAUUCUAUCCUAAAUAAAAAUAAAUUGUGGUGAUGAGCAAAUUGUGACAUAUAGGCCAUAACAUAUUUUAUCUGUGACGUUAUAUUAAAAUCUAUGAAAUCAAAAAUAUUUUUUUGUCUGUCAACUAACUAGCAAUCUAGCUUAGCUUACACAUUUGCGACUGCUUGCAUCAAUGACUGGUGAAAUCAGCCCUUAUUUAAAAAAUCGGCAUCAAGGAGCUUAUUAAAUUGCAAUAUUGAAAGGCAUUUUUUUAUUGAUUGUUUUAUUAUAUGAGGUUUGCUAUUUAUCACUGUUUUUUUUUUACAUAGUUUAUUAAGUGCUUGCUUCUGAUAUUAUUGACGAUUUGUUAGUGUCGAGUCCACGUUAUGAACGCAAGCGUAACCGAUUUAGAGCGUGUGUGUACUUUUUAAAGAUCGGCGUAUAUGUAUGGAUUUUAUUUUAUAUACUAUAGUAUGGGAUGAGAGACUUUUCCAUUUUUGUACCCCCUAUACAUUAUCAGAUUAUGUAGACUAAAAAUUAAAAAUGAUGUUCAAAUUAGAUUAAGAUAUAAAAGAUUGUGAGAUUUGAAUUGGAUGAAUUUAAAUGUAUGUAUUGUUCGCUAGUGACUGAUGUUACGUUUUAGAGUGGAUCUAUGCAGUAUUAUAUGUAACUUUUUUCUACACUAGCAAGGAUUGACUAAGAGAUAUCCAUAAUACCCACACCAUUGUUUGCUAGAAUAUUUUGAAGGUAAUGUUAAAUGUAUUCCUGUUUUGGCUAUUCACUUUGAAAGACACAGUUGACAAUAUUGAUGUGAAAUAGAAACUUAUCGGUUAUAAGAAUAUUAUAUUGUGUUCAAAACGAUGCCAUGCAAUCCUCCCGAGGGUUGUUGACUGAGUUUUUUUCCAAAAAGAACAAAAUUUAGUUAUUUCUUAAGGAUAUUCUAAUAUUUUUAAAUGUGAAAGUUUUCAAUGCCUUCAUUGGAUACUUGCCUUUGUGAUGUACGGUUCCAGUAGGUAGGUUCUAAGCAACAAUAGUGUUUCCUUUCAUUUUAUUGUGAGAUUAUAAAAAAAAUACAUAGUUGUAUAUUUUAAAAUCCAAAUUCUACAAAUAUAAAUUACAAAAUGUUCA